CUCGCCAACCGGCAGUUCCCCCCUCUGCAAGCUGCGACAGCCCGCCUACCGUACGGCCGGAUAAACCGAGGCACUGGGUUUCGGUCUCGCUGACUCGUCAAGCCGCCGAGCCGAGCCAGCGGCGACCAUUUCGCCUCCUGCUCCCGCUCCUCCUCUUCCUCUCCCCACUUGCUCCACGGACCACGGACCUCCCAGCUCCCUCGCCUCCACCUGUCCGCCCGCCUUCUCGCCGGAGCAAGUCGGGCCGGGAGCGUCUGCGCGCCCUCACCGCCGGAUCCCACCUCUGCCCUCCCCAGCUCGUCGCCGCCGGACACCCCCAAGCUCGCCACUCCCGGAAUGAGAAUCCAACAGUUAGGCAAUCAUGUGGAUCCUGGCACCCCUACCGGGAGAAAAUCACCAGAGAUUAGUACAACCAGUCCACUCGUGAACGGAGAAAAGAGUAAACUCUGGGAUCAGAUUGGAGGACAAGGUGCACUUGCAAGUCCCAUGAGGAGAGAGAUUGGGAACAGAUCUUUGAUGAGGUCCUUCUCUGUUGAUGACGUUGACUUGGAAGAUGUUGAGGCCUCAAAAGAUAGAGAUAGGCCGUCACACUUCCUCAGGCUCCCAAACAUUCAGAAUCAAUCUCUUCUGUCUGGUCUUGCUUACUGUAUAGCAUCCUGCAGCAUGAUUUUAGUUAACAAGUUUGUUUUGUCUGGCUAUGGUUUUAAUGCUGGAAUAUUUCUGAUGCUUUACCAGAACAUUGUAUCGGUGACCAUAGUUUCCACACUGUCCCUCUCCGGUGUUAUCUCAACUGAACCACUAACAUGGAAGUUAAUCAAAGUUUGGUUGCCUGUGAACAUCAUAUUUGUCGGAAUGCUAAUUACAAGCAUGUUUAGUUUGAAGUACAUCAAUGUUGCGAUGUUGACUAUAUUGAAGAAUGUCGCCAAUGUUCUUACGGCUUCUGGGGAAACCUACUUCUUUAAGAAGCAGCAUGAUAGACAAGUUUGGAUUUCUCUAAUGUUGAUGAUAAUCUCAGCCAUUGCAGGAGGAGUAACAGAUCUGUCAUUUCAUGCAGUCGGCUAUACAUGGCAGAUCUUAAACUGUUUUUUAACAGCAUCAUAUUCGCUUACAUUGAGGCAUGUAAUGGACAGUGCGAAGGAAUCCACCAGGUCCGGGAAUUUGAACGAGCUUUCAAUGGUUUUACUGAAUAAUGUUCUUUCACUACCAUUGGGAGUUAUCCUCGUGCUUGGUUUCAAUGAAGUGGAGUACCUGUUGGAAACGCCUCUCCUGAGGAUGCCCACGUUUUGGCUAGUCAUCACCGCUAGUGGAGUUUUGGGGCUUGCUAUCAGCUUCACUUCUAUGUGGUUUCUUCGCCAGACAAGCGCUACAACAUAUAGCCUUGUGGGCUCCCUCAACAAGAUCCCUCUAUCCAUUGCUGGAAUCCUUCUCUUUAAAGUCCGCACGAGCAUGGAGAACUCCAUAAGCAUCAUGUUUGGGCUAUUAGCAGGAGUAUUUUUUGCCAGGGCGAAGUUGCGCGAAAACUCCCAGUCAUAGCUGUUGCUUGCAGAUCCUACAGAGGGCAAGGCAAAGCAGGCUGCUCCCUCAAAUCAGACCUCUGGGAAACUUGUGCAGGUGUGAGGUUGUUUCCCAGUUGGCCUGGUGCUUCGUUUUGUUUUUUAUCUCGAAGCCGUCCUGGGGUUGUGGGUGGGUGGUGGCAUAUAUACGUCCUCUGUAAGACACAUGGUUAGAUACUGCUGAAAUCCCAGGCAGUUGGGGGUAUAGAAGAUGAUUGGGUAAAUACAUACAGGUAGUAAUUCAUUCUUGGGUUGGAGGUUCUCCUCUGAAACCAACUCAGCUGGGCAGAUCAGAUCGAUGCUGUAUAUUCUCUUCUCUUAUCCUGGAGACACGGUCUCUGUUCUACCGGCUACUCUGAAAAACUUGGCCAUGGGAUGGAUGGAUAUUCGUCCGAGAAAGGUCUUUCUGGGAGGGUUUCUCUCUACUGCAUUUUCCAUUGCUGGUCAAGCGCAUUCACCUCACUCAAGCAACACGCGUGUUGUGCCCUAGUUUGCCAUC